AUGGUGGAAAACGGGGGUUCUAGUGGUGGAAGUGAAAGCCCUAAUGCCACUUGUGUACGAUCAGGAUUGCUGGAGACGCUUGUUCGGGGUGUAUGGUAUCGCGUCCAUUGCUCUCUUGAAGAUGACUAUUUAAGUGUUUGUUUAGAUGAUGGAUACGACGCAACUACUACGCUUAAUGGUACCUUAAAUAAUAACAAUGUGGAAACUCCAAACAGUGAUUUUACAGAGGUACCAGAAGCAAUAGCAAACCAAAAAAGAGUUGUACAAGUGGUCAAAUCUGAUAACAAUGGUCUUGGUAUAUCAAUAAAAGGAGGAAUUGAGAAUAAUAUGCCUAUACUCAUAUCAAAAAUCUUUAAGGGUAUGGCAGCAGAUCUUACAGAACAGUUAUAUGUAGGUGAUGCUAUUUUAUCAGUUAAUGGUGAAGACUUAAAAGAUGCAACUCAUGAAGAAGCAGUAAAAGCACUUAAAAGAGCUGGAAAAAUGGUUCAAUUGGAAGUCAAAUAUCUACGUGAGGUGACUCCUUAUUUUCGCAAGGCCUCAAUCAUCAGUGAGGUUGGUUGGGAAUUACAGCGUGGCUACAUGAUGGAAGCACCACCAUCGCCACCUUCGCCUCGACGCAGACGCGCCGAUACUCGAUAUGUACCGCUGUUAAUGGCCUGCGUUGCUAAGAACCUUCGUCAUCACGAUCCUGAGGAGCGUACUAUCGAGAUUUAUUCCCCGGAUGGCGUUCACGCGUUAGCAUUACGAGCAACUUGUAGUAACACAGCUUCAGGCUGGCAUCGGUCGCUUCACGCGGCGGCAAGAAGGGCUUGCCGGGCUGCUUUGGCCCGUGCUAGGCCAAGACUACGACCUUUGAUUGGAGAUGUGAGAUACGCCGGCUGGCUGGCCAGAAGACCGCCUCAAGACAUUGGUGCGUCAGCGGGGUCGGAUGAGUCAGAUGAAGCUGAAGGAUGGCAGCCGACUUUCGUCGCCAUUACGGAUCGUGAACUAAGGUUAGUUAAAUGA